CAAAAUUGGGCGUAUCAGGUUUUAAGCCCGCUCACCUUGCAUCAAGGGGUAAAAAUAGAUCCGAACCGAGUGCUGUAGCAUACUGAAAUCUCAAGUCAAGUGCUUAGAAACAAGAAACUUGAUACUCCCAUUGUGAUUGUGUUGCUGAGCUCAACGGCCUCUUGUUACCUCUGAUGAAUCCUGGAUUGUAAAAAGCAAAGUGACGUCCAUAGAAGUAUUUUGAUAACACACACACACACGUGUGACUAAGGUUCCAUUACGCUCUUCUCACUUGGGAUAUUUAUAAUCAAGACCUAAAGUGUUUCAUUUGUGGGUUUCAGCUACAGCCUGGAUUAUCACAAUUUGGCCCGUACAUUUUCCGGGCUCCUCCUUCUAUUCAGCGGCCUCAUGAAUUCAUUUGCUCCAUACAUUUUGAUGGAAAGUGUUUGACCUCAGUCAAUAAUGUAUGGUACCUACGGAAAGAUUCCAUUCCCACAUUGCAUCUUGGCUUAAAUUUCAUUUCUAAGGAGGUUUUUGAUCCAUCUGCAAAUCAGAAUAUUUCAAACAACCAAAUGGAACAACAUGAAAAUGAACACAAUGUUUAUAAUUUAUUGUCACCCUCAUCUGACUCGGAUGAAUAUCCUGCAAUGCCAAAGCUUUCCAUUGCUUCUGAGGAAUCUGUAUAUCCACAGAAUUUAAACAGUCGUAGGCGUACUUUGAAGUUCAACAAAGAAAAAUGGUCAUACAGAAACGAAAUUUCUAGUUCUUCUGGAAAUGAUUCGCCUCCUCCUCCUCUGAGCCCCCUCUUUAAUGAAAAAGCAACCAGCCUUUCACUUGAUCGAAAGGAGGAGAAAGAUGCAGUUACCCCAGGUCAUCAUAGACGUAUUCACCAAGUAUCUGCUCCUUCUGGUAUUCGUCGUUCCAGUAGACUUAAAAGUCAGAUACGUAAAUCCUUUCGACCAAAAAUUCGGCCUCAUCGGUACUGCACUUCAGCCGGAGAAUUCCCUUGUUCGGAUGUAAAGCGCACUAAGAAAGUGAAACCUAGCUUUGCCGAAUCCAAAAAGUCACAAAGCAAAGACCGAAACGUCGAAACUGAAAUCCCCAAAAGUUAUGAGGCAGAUGACAUCGACGGUUUCUGUUUUUUGUCAUUUGCCACCGCUACAGACCUUGACAAGUUUUGCACUGAACAGCCUUCAAGUAGCUCCUCUUCUACCGUUUUGCCGCAAACAGAGGAAACUGUCGAUUGUCCAUCUGGAUCGGUUGCUCCUGUCCCGGUCAACGUAAUUGAAUCCGAAAAACUAUCCAGCAGUCAUGAGGGGACUGUUGGUACAGUGGAUGAGACAUCCGUCAUCACAGGGAAAAAAUCUAAAAUGUUUCCAAAAAUUCCGGUUAAUUUUAUUCGAAUUAAAAUGGACACUUUUGAACGACUGAUGAGUGAGAACAGAAUAUUAAGAAGAAAACUGAACAAAGCCUUAAAAGAAUUAUCCGAAAGGAAACUUGAUGAAGUGAAGGAUCCGAUUCAACAUUUGAGGUCUCCUGAUUCGGCAGAAAUGUGAAAAAAGAACACAUCCUAUCACUCAAAUUUCCCUUCAGUGUUAAGUCUUAAUGUCAAAUUCUUAUUAGGAUACCCAAAGGUACUUACUUUCGAUAAGUUACGGAACUAGUUUUUGUUGUUUUUAGCCGUCACAGGCUGUUUUAAUUUGGAACUACCUUGUCCUGGGUUAAUUGUUCUGCAUUAACGGGAAAAUUUGAAAUUUGUGCGUUACCUGAACGCGUCUCAUGGUUGUAAAAAUUAACAAUUAAUUUUGGACGCAGUCCGUCAUUAUUGCAUUGUAAUGAUUUUCUUCAUGUCGAUAAUCAAUGACUGGAUGAAUCAUGGAAGUGUUGCUUCGUUUCCUUAUUUUGGUGAACACCACACGGGUAAAAUAGCAACUACAGGGUUUAAUCUCUGACUAAAUGGCUGCUGAAGACAUUUUUUCUGGAUAUUUCUUAAUAGUCUUCAAAAUGAAACCAUUGUUCAAAAAGCUAUUGGAACCCUUCAAACUAGAACGCCCUUGCGGUGCUGUACUCCGACGGGCUCGCGUUAUUCUUCGAAAUAGAACGACAAAGACGACAGUUGUAAACUACAGGAACUUCAAGUCAGCCUGUCGCCUUGUGGAAAUCUCAAGAGAAAUCUUCAAUAAGAUUAUGUCGACGAGAGAAAUUAUGUUAAAAGUUUAGAAAUUUUUUGGAAUCGCUUUAAAAUACGCCGGAGAUUUCAGAUUUUAAGCAAAUUGUCAGCUACCUACGUUAUUAGUAAGACUUGAUGCUAAGGGCUGUCACUAGGUAGCUAAAAUUCACUAGACGGCGCGGGUGUUUUCUUCGAAGACUGUGCACUGACUUUUCGUUUCGAGACACUUCGAGAAUGUUGACGUUAGUUUUUACGGUUUCUUAAAAUGUUUCGUCAUAAAAAUGGUAAUAUAGCCUACAAUUUUAUACUUGGCAACUCCAUCUGAUCCUGUGGCCUGAAACUGCUGUACAUUUUCCCAAAAUGUCGUCUCUUGCUGUAGGUGACGGCUGUACGUUUCAUCACAUGGAGAAAAUAUACUACAGAACAGUAAAUUAUGUUGAUCAACUUUUUAAUCUUAAGGUUACACAUUGUCCAAUGUGCACAUGGAUUUAUUGCAGCCGGCCGUUGCAAGGUGUUCCUCUUGCAGGCUUGCUACCUGUGCCAGUUGUAGCUUUCGUCACAUGCAGAAAAAGAACAAUUUAAAUUUUGCCGUCCACUGUGGCAUUCUGUUGCAGCCUUUGCUGGUGAAAGAAGAUUAGUUUGUAUCAAGUUUACCUGUGGCUGUUCGUUGGUACCUGGGUCGUGUACGGAAGUUGCAGCCAGUAACACAAUUGACAAUACUGGCAUACCAUAUACACAUACCUUGUACUCCAGCCUCAUCCCAGAACUACCUUAAAACCUAACUCCAUACCACUUGAAACCCAUACCUUAUACUCCGGAUGUUUAUGUCAAAUAAAUAAUAAACAUGUUUUUGGGAUUGGGAAAGGAAAGUGGAGGAUGUUGGAGGUGGAAAUUUCAAGUUUGGAUAAAAAUCAGUUAAUUUAUAACCCUACAAACAUAUCCCUACCAAUUAAUCUCCAAACCCCAGAAACUUAUACCUUCCAAUUUUUCAGACACCACAAACAUACACCUACCAACCUCAAAUUUAUACCCUAAACCACAAUAACCAAUGUUAACCCCUAUGUCUGUAAUAAAUAAAAAAUUUAAUUCAUAAAACCAAUUUUUAUUAUUUUUUUGAAAUGUACAAAUAAUUAAAUAGACAGAGCGUCCGGUUCAAGACGGUUUACUACUGCACGAGUUAAAACGCAACCCGCCACCACCGCUGCGGCAAUGAGACAAAAAGCGAUGGUUUAGUUUUGCGGAAAUCUGCGUCAGUCAAGUUACAAAUUUUUCAAACUCAAAACUUCUGUCGAAUUUUGCAUCUAGUCUACUGGUGCAAAUAGCGAUCCUAUGUGUUUGGUAGUUAAGAUAAGAAGGUG